AUGGAGAUAGCUGCAUAUACUUCCUACAAGAUCUGGCUAAAGAGUCAACUAUUUCCCGCAAUAACAGCUGCUGAAGAAAUAACAGAAAGUGAUACAGAUAAUGAAGUUGAAACAAAAAAAAAGAGAUACCGAAAAGAAAAAAUUGGAUUCAGAGAUAGAAAGAUAAUUGAAUAUGAAAAUCGUAUGAGAGCAUAUUCAACACCUGAUAAGAUAUUUCGUUAUUUUGCUACUGUUAAAUUAAGUAUUGGAGAGAACACUGAAGUUUAUAUGACCCCUGAUGAUUUUCUCAGAGCAAUCACACCUGGCAUGAAACAACCUGAUGGCUUGGGUUUGGACCAAUAUCGAAGAUAUGAUCCAAAGAACGUCGAUGAGAGUAUCAGCCAACGUCUUAACCUAGAUCUAGAUGAAGAUUCAAUCUUUUACAAGCUCGGCUCAUCCGGUUUGAUCACUUUUAGCGACUACAUCUUCCUUCUCACCGUUUUGUCAAGUAAG